AUGGCGAGUCAGUCAGCGAGGAUUCAGCAGCUGCUGCAGGCAGAGAAGAGAGAGGCCAAGAGAGUAUUGGAGGUCCAGAAACAAAAGAACAGAUGUCUGAAACAAGCCAAGGAAGAGGCUCAGGCUGAGAUAGAGCAGUACCAGUGUCAGCAUGAGAAGGAGUUCAAAGCUAAAGAGGCAGCAGCUUUAGGCUCUCACGGUAACUACAGUGAAGGAGUGGAAAAGGAAAUCACUGAGAAGAUCACCAUCAUAAAGGAGAACUAUCAGCAAAUCAUAGAGAUGGUUUUAGAGCAGUUACUGUCCCUAGUGUGCGAUAUAAAGCCAGAGAUUCAUGUCAACUAUCGAAUUAGUGGUUAA